GCCAUCUGCAACUUUACUUUCGUCUUCUUGAGGUUAAUCCUUGCCCUAGAAAAGCUGGAGCAGUCCUUUUCUUUUGGGGCCGGCUGUCGUCAUCUGUUGCGGCGAUGAUUACACUGAUCGACGAUCAAUUCCAAGAGAUUUAUCUGGCCCGUUCGCGUUGAAGCUGGCCUGAUCGCCAGGCUUGGUGAUUCCGCCCGCCAUGGUCCGGAGAGCCCUGCUCCUUCUCUGCCUCAUCGCCGUUUGCUUCGCCGCCGACAAUUUGACCCCUGACGAACCCCUCCUCGACGCCUCCGACGCCACCUUGAUCUCCUCCGGCGACAAGUUUGAGUUGGGCUUCUUCAGCCCCGAUCCCACCUCCCCCAACCGCUACGUCGGCAUAUGGUUCUACAACAUGACUCCCCAAACCGUGGUUUGGGUCGCCAACCGCCGGACCCCGGUCGUCGGCCGCUCCGGGAACCUCUCCGUGACCUCCGCCGGUAUGCUAAUCCUCUCGGAUGGCAACUCCACUAUCUGGUCCUCCUCCGGCUCGCCUGCCCUUGCUAACCCGGUCGCGCGGCUGCUCGAUACUGGAAACUUCGUCGUCGGCGAGACCGGCGGCAGUGGCUCGUCGACGUGGCAGAGCUUCGACUUGCCGACCGACACGCUUCUCCCGGGGAUGCAAAUCGGGAUCAACUUGACCAGCGGUCGCCGCGCCAACCUCACCGCGUGGCGAACGGCCGUCGAUCCUUCGCCCGGCGACUUCGUCAUGGGCGUCGACUGGCGCGGCGUCCCGCAGAUGGUCGUGUGGCGCGGCGCACAGCCGUACUGGCGCGCGGGGCCGUCCAACGGCCUCUACCUCAGCGGCGCGCCGCAGAUGUACACCGAGAACCUGGUAGACUACCAGUACACCAUCGACGGCCGCGACUUCCUACUCGGGCUUGAACCAGAUCCAGACGUGGGUGGACGGGAGCCAGGCGUGGAACGUGCGCGGCUAUGUGCCGCUGGAUCCCUGCGACUACUACGGCACCUGCGGCCCCUACGGCGUCUGCUACCCCAACACCUCGCCCCUGUGCCAGUGCCUGCCGGGAUUCCACCCGGAGAACGAACAUAACUGGGAUCUCCUCAGGGAUUGGUCGGACGGCUGCCUGAGGAACACAAACUUGGACUGCCGGAACGGCACCGAUGGGUUCUUCAAGCAGAGCGGAGUCAAGCUGCCGGACACAUCGACGGCGGAGCUGUACGAGAGCAUCAAUCUGGACGAGUGCGAGACCCGGUGCUUGAGCAACUGCUCCUGCGCGGCCUACGCUAGCGCCAACAUCAGCAGCGGCGGCAGCGGGUGCAUCAUUUGGACUGCCCCGCCGACGGACAUCAAGUGCUUCUCCGACAGCGGGUCAGGGCAGGAUCUCUACAUCCGUCUGGCGGCCGCCGACAUGAUUGCCAUCUCAGAGUCAAGCAAAUCUAACCGAGGUCGUCAGGCCAUGAUUAUCUCCGUCUCUUGUGCGGGGAUCUUCCUCGCGGCGCUCGUCGCUUCCGUUUUGCUAAUUCGGAAGAUGAGAAGAAAGAAUUCCAUUCCUGAAGAAGGAGGAGAAGAAGAAGACCUAGACCUGCCUCUGUUCGAUCUAAGCUCAAUCGAAGAUGCCACCGGCAACUUCUCCUUUGCCAACAAGCUCGGUGAAGGAGGAUUUGGCCCAGUCUACAGAGGUAGCUUACGCGAAGGGCAAGAGAUCGCCGUGAAGAGGCUUUCCAAAACCUCAGCUCAGGGAGCCGAUGAGUUCAAGAACGAGGUGAUGCUGAUCGCCAAGCUGCAGCACAGGAAUCUCGUUAGGCUUCUCGGUUGCUGCAUUCAAGCGGGAGAAAGGAUUCUGAUGUAUGAGUACAUGCCUCAUGGAAGCUUAGACACCUUCUUGUUUGAUAUCGAGAACCGGGCGCUGGCCGAUUGGCAAACGCGAUACAAUAUCAUAGUCGGAAUUGCUCGAGGACUUCUUUAUCUCCAUCACGAUUCGAGAUACAGGAUCAUCCAUAGGGAUUUGAAGUUGAGUAACAUCCUCCUCGACAAAGAUUUGACUCCCAAGAUUUCAGACUUUGGAAUGGCAAGGAUAUUCGGAGGCGAUGAAAUGAUGGGAAACACCACUAAAGUGGUGGGAACUUAUGGAUAUAUGUCGCCUGAAUAUGCGAUGGAUGGAAUUUUCUCGAUAAAGUCAGACGUAUUCAGCUUCGGUGUGAUCGUGCUCGAGAUAGUGAGCGGUAGAAAGAAUCGAGGAAUUUAUAAUUAUAUGCACCAUAAAAAUCUCAUCGGAUAUUUGUGGAGCCUAUGGAAGGAGGAUAAAGCAUUAGAACUAGUUGAUGAUUCGAUGGCUCAAUCGUUCCCUAUCAAUGAAGUUUUAGCAUGUAUAAAGGUCGGUCUCUUAUGCGUUCAAGAACGACCCGAAGAUAGACCAACCAUGUCGUCGGUGCUACUAAUGUUAAGCAGCGAUGCUUCUAUGUUACCCGAACCAAAGCCGCCUGGUUUCGUAGUGACAAAGGAACCAUCUGAAACUGAUACGUCGACGAGCAAGGGUGACUCGCUCACUAGGAACCAUCUCUCGAUCACAGUCCUAGAUGGUCGAUAGCACAGAGAGUACAUUUUUGUUAGCCUUGUGACAAACUUCUCAUGGUAACAGCAUCAACCAGGUUAAGUGUGCCCAUGUUGUAUAUACUGAAAGGAUUUUGAUAGCAAUGAAUUAGUAGAGAGCAUUCAGCAAACUGUUUGACAAAAUGCAAAGAUGUUCUGAGUUGUAAUUCUAUACAAACAUUAGAUAAAUGUAUUUUGACAUUUUUA